UGACUAUUGCCAUUUACUGGCAGCCAGCCGAUUGUAUUUGCGACGAGUUUUUUGUCAAAUUAAAAGCACUAAUCAUGGCUCUCAGCGAUGCUGACGUACAAAAACAGAUUAAGCAUAUGAUGGCUUUCAUCGAACAAGAGGCCAAUGAAAAAGCUGAAGAAAUAGAUGCGAAAGCCGAGGAAGAGUUUAACAUUGAAAAGGGUCGUCUUGUCCAGCAACAGCGGCUCAAGAUUAUGGAGUACUACGAGAAGAAGGAAAAACAAGUUGAGCUCCAAAAGAAAAUUCAAUCGUCUAACAUGCUCAACCAAGCGAGACUCAAAGUUUUAAAAGUACGAGAGGAUCACGUACGAAAUUGCCUUGACGAAGCUAGAAAAAGACUGGCUCAAAUUGGCCAAGACCGACAAAAGUACACUGAAGUUUUGAAGCUGCUAAUUAUCCAGGCUCUUUACCAGCUGAUGGAACAAAAUGUCACACUCCGUGUCCGUCAAAUGGACAUUUCACUAGUCGAAUCAUUUAUCGACGAAGUCCAAGAAAUUUAUAAGAAUGUCUCCAAGAAGGAGGUUGUUAUUAAAGUAGACCAGGAUAACUUCUUGCCAGCUGAGAGCUGCGGUGGAGUUGACUUGAUUGCUGCCAGAGGCCGUAUCAAGAUCGUCAACACCAUGGAGGCACGGUUAGAAUUGAUUGCCCAGCAAUUGGUCCCAGAAAUACGGUCAGCCUUGUUCGGGCGCAAUCCAAACCGCAAGUUCACUGAUUAAAUUUUAAUUAUAAAUCAUAUCUUUUAAAAAAAAAUACCAAUAUUAAUAAAUAACAAAGAAAAGUUAAGUAAAAAAAAA